AUGAAUCCGAAAGAAGAGAAAUGGCAGAAAAAGGAGCUAAGAAAGCAGAAGAAGCUGAAGAAGCCAACAAAGCCGAAGGAGACAGAAGCAGAAGAAGCUGAUGAACCUGACAAAGCGAAAGAAACUGACAAAGCUGAUGAAGCGGAAGAAGCCAGAGAAACAGGAAGAAGCAGGAAGAAGCCAGAGAAACAGGGAGAAGCAGAAAGAAGAAAAUGUAGAAAGAGCAGAAAAGUGGAAGAAGCAGUGGGAGCAGAAUGA